CGGGCACUGGUGCUCCUGCUUCCCCUGCUCGUGGUGGCCCCGUCCUGCACGAUCCAGAGGCAUUUGCACUCAAGUCCCACGUUGAUGAGUCCCACAACAAAGUCAUGGCAGCCAUUGCAGCGGUCCAGGCCAAUGUUCAAGUGCUGUCGACUGCGAUGUCUACCCGCGCCGAGGCAGUUGACAAGCAGGUGGAGCUACGCAUGCGGAAGGCUGAAACCCAGAUCAAAAAUCAUGAAGAUCGCAUCGGCUCACUUGAGAAGCAGAUUCACUACCUUAUGGAACAGCUACGCUGCGUCAAGUCUGAAGAGCCAGUGGCACCGGCUGCUCCUGCUGGAUUCACCAGACCUCCGAAUGCCACGAUCUUGGUUGUACGUUCUAAAGAAUUGGUUUCUGCCGAGGCCGUGCGUGCGGCUGUCGCGCCUUGGCUGGCGGACUCCAACCUGGACGUUGAAGACUGGGAGAUCACUACUUCAGCCACGACACCGACGAGCAAGAGACACAUCAUUCAUAUCACAGGCAGCGCAGCAUGGGCAGCGAGAUCAGUCCGACAGGCCCUCGGUACGCUCCGCAACAGAGACGGCAGCUGGAGGAAGUUUGUGGUCAAGACGCCGCUUGGCCAGGACACCGACAUCUUUAUCAGUGCUGAUAAGAACCAAUUUCAAGUCCGACGCGAACUCGGAUGCAAGCUCAUCCGCAGGGAGUUCGAGACAGUGUACCCCGACAGGCGCUUCUUCGUGUGGCACCUCCCGAAGCUGCAGGCCCAGCAGAUCGACAAGUCUCGCCUCGAGCACCGCGUGCUGGCGCUCUUCCAGGCGCAGCGCGAAGAUGAGGGCGGGUGGUCUCUUUAA